CCCCGAGCCACGUCGCUUCUACUCGCCAUUUUCCCCCGUGCCGUGAAGCCCGAAUCGCCCCAUACUGGUGUCGCGGUGUCAGCCCACUGCCGUCGGGUCUUACCGCCGAGUCGAGUCCUGCCGGAGACGAACCGAGCUCUUUUUUUAAUUGUAAUAUUUCUUUGAACGCGUGUUUAAAAACAAACAUGAACAUUUUCAGGCUAACCGGCGAUCUGUCCCACUUAGCAGCCAUCAUCAUCCUGCUGCUGAAGAUAUGGAAAACCAGGUCCUGUGCCGGUAUUUCCGGGAAGAGUCAGGUGCUGUUUGCGUUGGUGUUCACCACUCGAUACCUGGACCUGCUCACCUCCUUCAUCUCCCUCUACAACACCACCAUGAAGGUCAUCUACAUCGGAUGUGCGUACGCCACCGUGUACCUGAUCUACGCCAAGUUCAAGGCGACGUACGACGGGAACCACGACACGUUCAGAGUGGAGUUCCUGGUCGUCCCCGUCGGUGGCCUGGCUUUCCUGGUCAACCACGACUUCUCUCCCCUGGAGAUCCUCUGGACGUUCUCCAUCUACCUGGAGUCAGUGGCCAUCUUGCCCCAGCUCUUCAUGAUCAGUAAGACGGGCGAGGCGGAGACCAUCACCACGCAUUACCUGUUCUUCCUGGGACUCUACAGAGCCCUCUACCUCAUCAACUGGAUAUGGAGGUUCUACUUCGAGGGCUUCUUUGACAUGAUCGCCAUCGUGGCCGGCGUCGUGCAGACCAUCCUCUACUGCGAUUUCUUCUAUUUGUAUGUAACAAAAGUACUCAAAGGAAAGAAGCUGAGUCUUCCAGCUUAAGUGCCAAAGAGGAGGAGUUUGUCCGACUCGACGCGGGGGGGGGAGACGAGGCGGGGCACGCGUGGACACGUACGACCCCCACCACACCACCAACACCACCACCACCACGUCCUCCACUUCCCCUCCCGCCAAGAGAAAAGAUGCCUGAGACAGAGAGUAAGUGGGAGCUGCCGACUAGCGCCUCCAUGUGACCCGGAAUCAGAGCGGCUGUUGCGGAGGCCGCCAGUCCGCCGCUACCACCAACACCGCCAUCUACACGGAUUUCUGUUUGACGCAUCUUGCCUUAACUGUUUUUUUUUUAUUUUUUAUUUCUCUGUAUAAAGGAAGGAAGAAAAAGAAAGAAAAGUUUUCUACUUAAAAAAAAAAAUCAAAAAGAUUUGACACAUUGAUAUAAGAGCUGCAGAUACAAAAUGGCCUCUGAUUCGGCGUUGUAUGAUACUAAGGCGGACAUCUUCUUGUGGGAUAUUAUCAACUUUAGCGUUUGUAAUGUUUGCAAAAAUUGAAAUUAAAUGUGCUUUUCUUUGUUUAGUUUUUUUUUUGGGGGGGGGUUUUGAAUCUUCUUAACUUUGGUGGACAAUUGAUUCAUUUGCUGAUCUGUAUGCAUUCCCAUGUAUGAAGACUUUUCUUUUACUUGAGCCCAGGCCCUUGAUGAAUCUAAGAUGGACGUCAUAAUUUAACAUUCAAAAGAACCAGAGAGGAAACAAAAGGAAUUCAGAUUUGACGUUUUUCUUUAAAUUUGAACACAUGAAAACUGACAUCUGUGUAAAUGCGUAUUUUCUCAAUUGUUCACUCCAUUCAUGGCCCAGCCUGUUUUAUUUUAAAUGGUCCAUUGAAACAUAAAGAUGAGUAAAAUUCACUGGUAACGUCUUGUAUAUGAAGUAUCUCUCACGCUCUCUCUCGUUUUAGUUGCAGAUGUAUUUAUUUUUUAUCCUCCUGGUUUCCAAUAAACAAGAGUCCGUAGAAUUUG